AAUUAAUCAAGCCCAAUUCAUUAUUGCAACAAAAUAUAUUAAAUGAAAACAAAAAAAAAAUGAGAGGGACAAGACAGCCAUUUAAAACAUAAACCUCAACUUGCGUCUGCUCGAGUUUGAAGCAUUGGAAGGCCCGAAUUCCCAACUCCCGAAACAUAAGCAAAGAAUUUACAUCGCAGACUUGAGAUUUCCUUACCCACCACAAAGACCACGAAACAACGAAAGCUGCUUGAGAAUGGCCGCUACGCCGAAUCUGGAGGAUGUGCAGUCUGUGGAUCUCAUGACGGAGCUCCUUCGCCGUAUGAAAUGCGCCAACAAACCCGACAAGCGCCUCAUCCUCGUUGGUCCACCAGGAUCAGGCAAAGGAACUCAGUCACCAAUAAUUAAGGAUGAAUAUUGUUUGUGCCAUCUAGCCACUGGUGAUAUGCUUAGAGCUGCUGUUGCUGCAAAGACUCCCCUUGGUGUCAAAGCCAAAGAGACCAUGGAAAAGGGAGAACUUGUUUCUGAUGAUUUGGUUGUUGGGAUAAUUGAUGAUGCCUUGAAAAAACCCUCUUGUCAGAAAGGUUUUAUUCUUGAUGGAUUUCCAAGGACAGUUGUCCAAGCAGAAAAGCUUGAUGAGAUGCUUGAAAAACGUGGGGUCAAGGUUGACAAAGUGCUUAACUUUGCAAUUGAUGAUGCUAUUUUGGAGGAGAGAAUUACUGGCCGCUGGAUCCAUCCAUCUAGUGGUCGCACAUAUCAUACAAAAUUUGCGCCUCCAAAAGUGCCCGGUGCUGAUGAUGUAACUGGAGAGCCUUUAAUUCAACGUAAGGAUGAUACGGCUGAUGUUCUCAAGUCGAGGCUUGAAGCUUUCCACAAGCAGACUGAACCAGUAAUCGGCUACUACAGCAAGAAGGGCAUUGUUGCCAACCUACCAGCAGAAAAGCCUCCGCAAGAGGUGACAUCAGAGGUCAAGAAAGUACUUUCCUGAUAUGAAGGAUGCCAGCUUUUUUCCCAACAAUACACUAAUAAACAUUACAACUCCCGGCUUUUGGUUAUUUUAUUUUCCAAUACUUUCUGUGGAUUCUCACUAGAGGCUAUAUAACCUCUAAGACUUUGUUUUGCUGAGUCGGUGUUAGCUAUUUGAUUUGUUUGAAUGGUUUACAGAAUAAUUUUAUCUAACUUUUUGCGGGAGCUCAAUGUAGUUUUCUGCUUAUUGCAUUGUCUCUAAACUCACUACUGUAGCUUUUCCAGUGGAAAUUGUGAUCGGGUCUCAUCAGCUAGUUUUACUUUUGCAUUGGGUCUCUUAUUAUUACGUCUGCCGAUUGUCACGAAUCAUUUCUCUCGAC